AAUAAAUAACCUCCUGAACUGACAGACAGGCGAGAUUAAGAUUACGAGUGAUGGCAGAAAGUCAUGAAAAUCUGAAGCUGUUCAGGACAUGGUCGAGUCCGUACGCGAUGAGGGCCGUACAGGCGCUGAAGAUCAAAGGCCUGGAGUACGACGCCGUCUUCGAGGACAUCAACAACAAGUCCACCUCUCUACUCCAAUACAACCCCGUGCACCGCAAGGUCCCGGUCCUCCUCCACAACGGGAGGCCCGUCUGCGAGUCCCUAAUUAUCCUCGAAUACAUCGACGACACGUGGAACCAACCCCACCCCCUUCUUCCCCACGACCCCUACCAAAAAGCCAUCGCCAGAUUCUGGGCUAAGUUCGGAGACGACAAGUUGCUGCCGUCGGUGUGGAGAGUGUUCGUGGCGCAAGGGGAAGAGCAGCGGGAAGCGGCGGUGGCGGAGGCCGCCGGAAACCUAAAAUUGGUGGAGGAGCAGCUGAAGGGGAAGGAGUUCUUCGGCGGGGAGAGGAUAGGGUAUCUGGACAUUGCGCUGGGGUGGAUGGGCAACCUCGUCGGCAUCCUCGACGAGAUUGCCGGAAUCCAAUUGGUCACCGGCGAGGCAUUCCCGGAGCUGUCGGCGUGGAUCGACCGGUUUGCCGGACACCCGGCGAUCAAAGAGCUGUGGCCCCCACACGACAGAAUGGUCGAUAAGUUUAAGGCCAUGAGGGAACCACAUGUCAAAAAAUCCCAACAUUUAGUAAAUUAAUAUACGAUAUAUAUAUAUAUAUAUAUAGCUGUGUUUUCAUGGAGUUUCUGAAUAAGCAGCAGCACACACAGACGUGUUUGAUGUUUGGAUCAUGAUUACAUCAAUAAAAACCAUUUUAAAUAUAUAUAUUGAUAUGAUUUUAAUCUAGUUUGUCACUUCAUUCACUGAGUUUUUACCGGUCUUAGCUAGUCGGGGUGAAGCGGGUGAAAUUCCCUUGACGUGGGUCCGAGAGCGCGGAGUGACCUCCGGCGGAGGGUAUACAGUAUUGGACUAUUAGGUUUUGGAAUUAGUAUUGAGCUGAAUCUGUAUGUAACCUUGCGGUUGUGAACAAACUUUGUUCUCUGUUUCUCGAUUUAUCAUUGCGAAUAAAUUUAUUUUUUGUUUCU